AAACGGGGAACUUAGAAGCUGCAGCUCGCUGGAGCCUGGAACAGAGGGGAGCUGAAGACGGCCAUGUGAUACUCUUCCGGGACCCCUGGACCCACACAGGGCCAGAGAAGCUUCAGCCUUGGAGCAUGGCAAGUCCCAAGCACCCGGGGUGCCCUGGAUGGACGGGACCCAUAGCCAAGUGCACGGCUGGGACCAAGCAGGAAGCAUCAGCCGCUGGCCGAGACCUCCCGUGUCCAGGACCCGAAGGGCACUUAGACGCUCACGGCGGCCCCAGCCCCAACUCCAGCAUGACCACCGGGGAGCUGCAGGAGUACUGGCGGAAGGAGAAGCGCUGCUGGAGACGCGUCAAGCUGCUCUUUGAGGUCGUGUCCGCCCGCAUCGAGGAGAGAAAAGUCUCCAAGUUUGUGAUGUACCAAAUCGUCGUCAUCCAGACAGGGAGUUUUGACAGCAACAAAGCCGUGCUGGAACGGCGCUAUUCAGACUUUGAGAUGCUCCAGAAAAGCCUCCUCAAGACGUUCAGGGAAGAGAUCGAAGACAUCGUCUUCCCCAAGAAGCACCUGAUGGGCAACUUCACCGAGGAGAUGAUCUCCGAGCGCAAGCUGGCCUUCCAGGAGUACCUGAGCCUGCUCUACGCCAUCCGCUGCGUGCGGCGCUCCCGCGAGUUCAUCGACUUCCUCACGCGCCCCGAGCUCCGGGAGGCGUUCGGCUGCCUGCGCGGGGGGCAGUACGGCCGGGCCCUGGACAUCCUGGUGCGCGUGGUGCCCCUGCAGGAGAAGCUGACGGCCCACUGCCCCGUGAUGCUGGUCCCGGCGCUGUGCGCCAUGCUCGUUUGCCACCGGGACCUGGAGCGGCCGGCCGAGGCGUUCGCGGCCGGGGAGAGGGCGCUCCAGUGCCUGCAGGCCCGGGAGGGUCACCGCUACUACGCCCCGCUGCUGGACGCCAUGCUCCGCCUGGCCUACGCGCUGGGCAAGGACUUCGUGUCUCUGCAGGAAAAGCUGCAGGAGAGCCAGCUCCGCAAGCCCAGCCCCUGGGGCUUCACGCUGAAGGAGCUCACGGUCCGGGAAUAUCUGUACUGAGCCCCUCUGGCGGGCGGGCCAGAGACUGCGGAUGGCCGCGGCUCGCGGCGCUGUUGGGGGGGGGGGGUCGUGUUUAGUGGGAGGAGCCACUUGAGGCU